AUGCCUGGUGGUGUGCUCACGAUCCGUGGCCCGUCCACGCGCCGCCAGCCCCCCUCGUUCACCACAUCGUCCGUCUAUCCCGCCCCUCUCGUGGGCUCCGGCGUGAGCCCCAGGGGGGCCGAGCCCAGCACCAGGGCCCCGUCUCCCACCCCACCCCGAUGGCACCCAGGGGACAAGGGCCCCCCAGCCCCCAGUAAGACCACAGGCUUUGCUGUGCAGGAAGUUAGACUCUGUCUCCGCUGUGUGACCUUGGCCAGCAACCUCCCCUCUCUGAACCCCUCGCAGCAGCGGCACAGAUUAUGGGGAGGCCCUGAGGACCGGCUGGCUGCCUCCUCGCGUCUGCUCCUCCCAGGUGUCCAGCCGGGCCCCGUGCCAGGGACUUGGCACCCUACGGGCCACCUGGCCGGGUCGCCAACCCCAAGUGCCAAGAACAAACCUCCCCGGGGGGAGACUCCCGGGAGGCCUGGCCGCCGGGCCCCGCCCUCUGCGUCCCGGGUCUGCGGUGGGAGGCCGGGGCCGGACGCUUGUCCGGGGCGCCCCCCUCCCCUCCCUGGGCCUGACCUGUGCCAACCGCCCCCGGCCACGUGGCCUCUUUCCCGGGAAGCGGGCCGGGCCUCCCGGCCAGCCCGUACAGGGAGUCCCCGGAACAAAGGGACUUCCAGGCCAGAGCGGGAGGCAGACGCGCUGACGGCUGAAGCAGCUGGCGGGGCCCAGGCCGGGGCAGAGUGGGGCACACUCGGAACCCGGAGCAGCACUGCGGGACCCGGCGCCGAUCUCGCCCAGGGACCCUCUGCUAGGGAGCGUCCCCAAGGGGCAGGCAUGGAUAGUGCACCUGGUACCCCUAAAGGCAUCCCUAAGGGACCGGACUUAGAACCGAGUGGCAGGAUGGACCUGGUCCCCACUCUGUCUGCACGUGCCAGGGUCACCAUGCAGCAUGAAGCCGGGGUGCAGGCCAGCCUGUGCGGCCUGGGCAAAGGGGGCGACAGGCGCCCCGGAGCACCCCUGUCCGGUCCUGGCUGCGAUUCUCACCCCUGGCCGCUCCACCGCGUGGCCGAGGACCGGCUCGCGGGCCCCCGCUCGGCACCGCGCCCAAGGGACGGGCAAAACCAGAGCAGCGAGCAGCCGUCCCCGCCCUCGGGGUCCCCGCAGGGGGGCGAGGACCAAUGGCUUGAGGGCUCCCACCAGGCUCCACCCCCGCUCAGGGCAGAUGCCCCCACCCCCCAGGCCCCUGGGCUGCCCCAGGCCUCGUCCACCAUCACCGUGUGUGACCGUGGUCCUUUCGCUUCUGGUGUGGGGCUUCGGGGCACUCGCAGCCGUGCUCACCCGACCCCCUCCCCCACCCCCUCCCCGUGA